CAUUGUGUCUUGGAGAUAUUUAGGUAAAAUACAUCAAUUGCACAUCUAUUUAAUUUAAGAUUGAUUUGUCAGUGAUGGAAAUGCAUCCAGGGUGACGUGUUACAAGUGUUGAGAUGACGAUAUCGCAUUAUUUUUACAUUAGUAGCAUAUUAUUUAUUUUACAGUUGUCACACACAGCCUACAUUAAAAAGAAAAAUAAUAAUACACAUUUCAAGAAUCACAAAUCUAUACAAAUUCUGCCUCCCUUUUAUACAGUUGGGUUUUUACUGGAACAAUCUAGGAGGUGAAGUACUUGCUUGCUAGCUGUCUGUCUGUCUGUCCAUCCAUCUAGUGCAGGAGUCGCCAACCCAUGGUCCUGGAGAUCCUCAAUCCUGCAGCGGCUCCCCUGUAACUUUCUUGCCGUAUCGGAGCGCCUGUCAGUCUGCGAGUGAACGGCGUUGUGGGUCGUGUCUUACAGCGCACAACCUUCAAAGGAAAAAAAAAAAAGAUCCGUAUUAAUUUGGAAUAUCAUUAAAACUUGACGCAGACGUCUUCUUUUCAUCCUUUCUUCAUUCAUUCCUUCCUCUUUUGAUAUGUAGCGGAGGAAUUGAACUUUUUAUAGACCUCCUCGGAGUCUCCUCCCCACUCCCUCCCCCGCUUCUGAGCUCCGUCAGCGGGCACAGUGCCGGGUUUUGUCCCCCGCCUUUAGCGCACAAUGCCCCGGCUUGGCCCGUGUGGGUUUCCCGUCGCAGCCCCCAAGCGCUUCGUAGGCAGCUGCCCUGUAUAACAGGCGCAGUCGAGCCGAAAGAGAGCACCAGACUCCAGCGGAGAGAGAGCAGCAGCAGCGCCGCACACGAACACACCCGACUCAGAGCAGAAAUGGGGACUCGGUCGAAUCUACGAAGCGGUUCCCGGACUCGAAAUUUCAAAGGCUCGGUGUCUGUCUGGCUGUUGCUCUGGCUGGCAGUCUGCUCCCCUAGCCCUGCCUAUUCCUGCCCCAGGCUGUGUGUCUGUUACCCCUCCCCGAUGAUGGUCAGCUGCCAGUCUCAGAACUUCUCAGCGGUGCCGGCCGGCAUUCCCUACGACAGCCAGAGAGUGUUCCUCCAAAACAACCGCAUCACAGAGCUGCAGGCGCAGUCCUUCGGCUUCCAGACACAGGUCCUGUGGCUCAACUCCAACAACAUCAGCUCCAUCAAACCCGAUUCCUUCAGCGACAUGCGAGAUCUGGAGGAGCUGGACCUGGGGGAUAACCCCUUCCUGCGCACCCUCCAUCCCGACUCCUUCCGCGGGCUGGACAAGCUGCAGAGCCUGCACAUGUACCGCUGCCAGCUGGGGACCCUGCCCGGAAACAUCUUCAAAAAACUCUACAGCCUGCAGUUCCUUUACCUGCAGGACAACCUGCUGCAACACAUCCAGGACAAUCUCUUCUCAGACCUGGUGAAUCUCACUCACCUCUUCCUCCAUGGCAACCGAAUCCGAGUCCUGUCUGAAAAUGUCUUCAGAGGGCUGGUCAACCUGGACAGGCUCCUCCUCCAUGAGAACCGAGUGCGACAGGUCAACCGCAAAGCCUUCAGGGACCUGGGUCACCUCACCACCCUCUUCCUCUUCAACAAUGCCUUAACAGACCUCCCUGCUUCGGCCCUCUCCGAUCUCUCAUCCUUGCAGUUCCUCAGACUCAAUGGAAACCCCUGGAGCUGCUCCUGCCAGGCCCGCCCCCUCUGGGAAUGGUUCCGUCAGGUCCGGAUCUCCAGCUCCGAGCUCCUCUGCGCCGGUCCCGAGGAGAGGAAAGGUCUAGACUUGAGGUUCUUGAGGGAAAUCGAUUUCGCUCCCUGCCCCUUGCUGCCUUACUAUCCGAGAGCCCGCGCCACUUACACCUUCAGCACCAGAACGAGAUGGUGGUUCCCCAAAUCGGGCAAGGCAAGCGGGGGGAAUUCGGACAAAUCUAAAGGCUUGGAUGGAAAGAAAGGACAACAGGAAGACAACAGUUACAUCAGUCCAGAUAAAAGUCAAACCAAAAGUUAUGAAGCUGAGUCCACAUUGCCGAAAGUUAAAGAGCAAGACUACUGGGAGAAAUAUGAGAACGAAGACUCCACUAUUCGUUGUUACGAGUUGGAUUGUUUGAAAGAAGCAAACGGGAAAUCCAGAGGCGUUCGUCCAGACACGUCCCUCUUUCUCCUCUCUCUCUCCCUCACUCUCACCCUCUCCCUCACCCUUCACUUUCUUUUUCCUGAAACCAUGUAAGAGCAUUUGUGAAUUUCCCGUUAAAGUCUGUAUUGAAAAGAUAUUACGAUUCAAUUACUGCUCUGCAGUGUUGAGUUUCCUAUAGACCAGCUCUGCUCUGAAACUGCUGUGAAAGAGGGAGCCUUAUUGAAACUGCUGUGCAAUAGGGAGUCUUAUUGAAACUGCUGUGCGAUAGGAGUCUUAUUGAAACUGCUGUG